ACUUUUAUGCCUCCAGUCAUAACAAACGCUUACAAAACAGGAAACCCAGUGACAAGCAAUAUUAUUACACAAUAUACAAAACCACUUCUAAGUAAACCUCAUGCUGUGGCGGAGCUUAUACAGUGGGGAACUAUCAUUGUCUUUGACAAUUUAAUAGGCCAUUAUGAUAGACUUGUAUUGUACCAAUCAAUCGGACCACUAGGUAACAGUAGGCGGAGCUUAGAAAGAGGAUUAUAUAACAGCCUGAAAUCACCAAACGGCAAACUAUGGUUGAUUGACAACGAAUCUGCUUUCUUUUAUCAAUCAAAGUAUCAAGGCCCAAUUUAUAAAUACACUCAAUUACUUAAAUUUAAUGACCGAAUGUUACAGACAGUGUGUAUUUUUCAAUCAUCUCUCGUUGCUGAGCUACGAAGACUUUCCAGACAGCCCUCGGCCUUUCAUUACCUAUUUGACUUUGCAGGUUCAUAUGAACCUCUGCUUGCAAAUGUAAUAUUGGAUCCUCGCUUUGAGUUGUUUGCUAAGAUUUUUAAUACUAGGCUCGGUCAAAUACUAGAAUGGGUUGAACAUUGCCAAACUUUAUACAAUGCAACUUGAUUGGAUGAGAACAGCAAAAGGAAUUAGCCCUAAAAUGUCGGUUGGAAGAAGCGCACAGUAUUAUUGUUGCAAUAUAGAUGUCAUUUGAUCGAUCUACAUAUCAUGAAAAUGUAUUAAAGGUUAAUGUUAGAACAUUUACCUGUUACAGUGCUUGCUUUUUUAAGUUGUAACCCAUUUUUACGUGCAAUGUUAAAAAUUAACAAUGUUCAAAUUAAUCGGAAAAGAUUGCAACUCGUGUUUAAUUCGAUAAAUGAUUGUCUUAAGGCAAAUGUGAUUAUUUAAUACGUGAUUUAAAACCAAACCAUAGUUUUAUUGAUACACUUUUUGGGUUAUAAUUGUGAAAAUGGA